AUGGAUACCCAUCUCUCCAAGUUCCCAGUAUCCCAGCCAUGCUCAGAGACGCCCAAGGCAAGUGUGAUCCCUCACUCCAUCCUAGUGAACAAGACCCUGCCACGGGAGACGUCCAGCGUGGUCAGUUGUGAGACACUGAGCCAGACGGGGGCUGUGGUCAUUGACAUGGGCACUGGAACCUGUAAGGUGGGUUUUGCGGGCCAGGCCCGACCCAUGUACACAGUGGAAACGUUAGUAGGCUGCCAGCCCAAGAAGUUGGCUACUGCGGGGCCACCGGUUCUGGAGACGUUCAUUGGCAACGCAGCUCGCUCUCGGCCUGAGCUGGCGCUGGUGCAACCUUUGCGCAACGGCAUCGUGGUGGACUGGGAGGCGGCUGAGCUCAUCUGGCGGCAUCUGCUGGAGCACGACCUCCGCGUGGCCCCACGCGACCACCCGCUGCUCUUCUCCGAUCCACCCUUCAGCCCCGCCACCAAUCGAGAGAAGCUGGUGGAAGUAGCCUUUGAGGCGUUGUGCUCACCUGCCAUGUACGUAGAGUCGCAGUCGGUGCUGGCGGUGUACGCACACGGGCGGAUCAGCGGGCUGGUGGUGGACUCGGGACACGGCGUCACUUACACAGUGCCGGUCUUCCAGGGUUACAAUCUGGUGCACGCCACCCAGCGCCUGGACCUAGCUGGCACCCACCUGACCGCCUUUCUGGCUGACAAGAUGCUUCUGGGCUCCGGUUUGCCAUUCAGCCAGCGGCACCUGGACACAGUGGAACACAUCAAGCACCACUAUUGCUACGUGGUUGAUGAUUUCCAAAAAGCUCAGGCCCGGCCGGUGCAAGACUGUUGCCAAACUUUCAAGCUGCCUGAUGGUCGCAGUGUCACGCUGAACCAGGAGCUUUACCAGUGCCCAGAGCUGCUGUUCCGGCCCCCCGAGAUCCCAGGCCUGGCCCCUGUGGGUUUACCCGCUAUGACACAGCAGGCACUGCAGAAGGUGCCACCAGAGGCGCGCCCCGAGGUAGCGCGCAAUGUGCUGCUCUGCGGAGGCUCCAGCCUCUUCCCCGGGUUCCAUAGCCGAUUCCAGGCUGAGCUCCAGCGUGCAGGCGCCGCCUCUGACACACACGUGGUGGCAGGGACCAGCCGCCACUUGGCUGUGUGGAUCGGGGGCUCCAUCCUGGCCUCGCUGCGCGCCUUCCAAUCUUGCUGGGUGCUGAAGGAACAGUACGAAGAGCAGGGCCCGCAUAUAGUGUAUCGCAAGUGCUACUGA